AUGAACGACUCGACCAUACGAGAAAAGACAGGUCAUACUCUUCCGGCACUUCAGUCUGUACAGGGCAGCUUUACCAGCCUCGACCUCGCCAUCGUGUACCUGGAAUCCCAUCCUGGUAGCCCAGCCGGAGAAACCACGGUCGACCAGGCACAACUGGUGCGAAAAAUUGACAGGCAUAUUGUGCCCAUCGCGCUUGCUGCGUUUACGCUGCAAUUCCUGGAUAAAUUCGACAUCAACGUAAACUCACAGUAUGCGGCCGUGAUGGGACUCAAUCAGGAUCUCAAGCUUAUUGGCAACGACUUCAAUAACGCUGCCAGUGCCAUGUACAUCGCCAACUUAAUCGCCGAACUUCCUACUGGCGCGUUAUGCAUAACGAUACUCUUGUCGAAAGUUGAUGAUGUUUCAGGUUACAUCGUGCAGAAAGUACGACCAGGGAAGUGGUUGGGCUUCAACAUGAUUCUUUGGGGCGUUGUCACGGCUUGCAUGGCCGCCGUCAACAACUACCGUGGCUUAGUGGCCACCCGGAUCAUGAUUGGCAUUCUCGAGGCGGCAACUGCACCGUGUCUGAUGCUCAUAACUGGUAUGUGGUACACUAAAUCGGAAGCUGUGAUUCGUUUUGCCAUCUGGUAUUGUGGGUUGGGUAUUGCUCAGAUGCUUGGCAGCCUUUUAUCAUGGGGUUUCCAAAAGGUGCACCAUGAGGCACUCUCAGGCUGGCGAAACAUGUUCCUUGUCCUGGGCUGCGUGACCGCAGCUACAGGUAUUUGGGCUCUUUGUUCCAUGCCCGAUUCACCAAUGGAAGCGUCGUGGCUCACGGAAGCAGAGAAAAGGGUUGCAAUUCAGCGUGUUUCCGUCAAUCAGACAGGGAUCAAGAACACCCACUUCAAAUGGCAGCACUUGCGCGAGCUCGUUCUUGACCUACAAAUAUGGCUGAUGACCUGCCUCAUCAUCGUCACUUCCCUCACAUCUGGUGUUAUAUCGUUCUAUUCGACCACCCUCAUCCGCAACUUCGGAUUCUCGCCUCAAAGAAGCGCGUUAUUGAACAUGCCGAGCGGAGCUGUCUCUCUGCUCUCGUGCCUCGCAACAGCGUACAUAGCCCACCGGUACAAUGCCCGCGCACUAUCUAUGACGGUUUUUUGCUGUCUGGCUGCAAUGGGCUCGGGACUGAUGUCGUUUCUCCCGUCGAAUCAACGUGCCGGCCUUCUUGCAGGCGUGUAUCUGGUCAAUAUGGAAACUGUCACCUUGUUCCUCGUCUUCUGUCUCACCACCGCUAAUGUCGCGGGACAAACCAAACGUGUCGCCGCUAACGCGCUCAUUUCGGGUGCCUUCUCUGUUGGCAACAUUAUCGGUCCCCAGUUGUUCAAGCCCAAAGACGCUCCGCAAUACAUUCCUGCCAAAAUUAUACUUUUGGUGACUGAAAUCGCCACAGCUUUGUUUGCGGCGGCGUUAAGGGUAUACUAUGGAUGGCAGAACAGCGUUCGCGACAAAGCAUUCCAAGAGGAACUCAACCAAAGCCGAGAGGCGAAGCCAGAUAACCUUGAGUGGCGAAACUUAACCGACCGCGAAAACGAAACUUUCAGAUACAAGUACUGA